GCGCCCGGUGUCCGCUGUGCUGUGCGCGCGCGCGCUGGGAGGCCCGUGAGACUCGGCCUGGGCUCCAGGUGGGCUGCUGGGUGCUCGCCGCUACUGGAUGGUCAUUGCGUGCGUCGCGCGAGCAAGAAGUUAUUCUGCUAACAGCUAGAAUGAAACAGUUGCCUGCAGCAACAGUCCGCCUCCUUUCAAGUUCUCAGAUCAUCACUUCAGUGGUCAGUGUUGUAAAAGAGCUCAUUGAAAACUCCUUGGAUGCUGGUGCCACAAGCAUAGAUGUUAAACUAGAAAACUAUGGAUUUGAUAAAAUUGAGGUACGAGAUAAUGGUGAGGGUAUCAAGGCUGUUGAUGCACCUGUAAUGGCAGUGAAGUACUACACCUCAAAAAUAAGUAGUCAUGAAGAUCUUGAAAACUUGACAACUUACGGUUUUCGUGGAGAAGCCUUGGGAUCAAUUUGUUGUGUAGCUGAGGUUUUAAUUACAACAAGAACGGCUGCUGAUAAUUUUAGCACCCAAUAUGUUUUAGAUGGCAGUGGUCACAUACUUUCUCAAAAACCUUCACAUCUAGGUCAAGGUACAACUGUAACUGCUUUAAAAUUAUUUAAGAAUUUACCUGUAAGAAAGCAAUUUUACUCAACUGCUAAAAAAUGUAAAGAUGAAAUUAAAAAGGUCCAGGAUCUGCUCAUAAGCUAUGGUGUCCUUAAACCUGACUUGAGGAUUGUUUUUGUACAUAACAAGGCAGUUAUUUGGCAGAAAACUAGAGUAUCGGAUCACAAGAUGGCUCUCAUGUCAGUUCUGGGGACUGCCGUUAUGGGCAAUAUGGAAUCUUUUCAGUAUCACUCUGAAGAAUCUCAGAUUUAUCUAAGUGGAUUUCUUCCAAAGCAUGAUGCAGACCACUCUUUAACAAGUCUUUCAACCCCAGAAAGGAGUUUCAUCUUUAUAAACAGUCGACCAGUACAUCAAAAAGACAUAUUAAAGUUAAUCCGACAUUAUUACAAUCUGAAGUGCCUAAAGGAAUCUACUCGUUUGUAUCCCAUUUUCUUUCUGAAAAUUGAUGUUCCUACAACUGAUGUGGAUAUAAAUUUAACACCAGAUAAAAGUCAAGUAUUAUUACAGAAUAAGGAAUCUGUUUUAAUUGCUCUUGAAAACCUGAUGACAACUUGUUAUGGACCACUACCUAGUACAAAUACUUGUGAAAAUAAUAAAACAGAUGUUUCCUCAGCUGACAUUGUUUGUAGUAAAACAGCAGAAACAGAUGUGCUUUUUAAUAAAAUGGAAUCAUCUGGAAAUAAUUAUCCAAAUGUUGAUACUUCACCCAUUCCUUUCCAAAAUGAUGUGCGUAAUGAUGAAUCUGAAAAAAAUACUGAUGAUUAUUUAAAUCACCAGAUAAGUGUUAGUGACCAUUGUGAUGGUCAUUUUAAUAGUGAAGAUUCUAGCAUUGAUAAGAAUACUAGAAAUGCAUCUCGAGAAAUUUCAGCAAGUGAUUUAUCAUGGGAGAACACCCAAAGGGAACAUAGUGAAACUUAUGCCAUAGGUUCUGUUAAGCACACUCCAUCAGAAAAUGGCAAUAAAGACGAUAUAGAUGAAAGCAGGGAAAAUGAGGAAGAAGGAGUUCUUGUUGAAAAGUCUUUGGAAAUGUGUGCUGAUGAUUGGAGCAAGGGAAAUGUACUUAAAAAUUCAAUGGGAGAGAAUAUUGAACCUGUGAAAAUUUUAGGGCCUCAAAAAGGUUUAGCAUGUAAAGUAAGUAAUAAUCAUCCAAGCCCUGAACAAAAGAAUCUCAGUGAAGGUCCCUGUAACAAAAAAUCAAAUGUAAUAGAUAACAAAUCUGGACAACUUACAGCUUAUGAUUUAAUUAGCAAUAAAAUAAUCAAGAAACCCAUGUCGGCGAGUACCCUUUUUGUUCAAGAUUAUCGUGCUAAAUUUCUCACAGAAAAUCCUAAGACCAGUUUAGAGGAUGCAGCAGUACAAAUUGAAGAACUGUGGAAGACAUUGAGUGAAGAGGAAAAACUGAAAUACGAAGAGAAGGCUGCCAAAGACUUGGAACGAUACAAUGGUCAAAUGAAGAGAGCCAUUGAACAAGAGUCACAGAUAACAUUUAAAGAUGGCAGAAAAAAGAUAAAAACCAGCUCAUGGAAUCUGGCACAGAAGUACAAGUUGAAAGCCUCAUUAUCUAAUCAGCCAAAACUUGAUGAACUUUUUCAGUCCCAAAUUGAAAAAAAAAGUCAAAAUAUUAAAAUUAUACAGAUCCCCUUUUCUAUGAAAAACUUAAAAAUAAAUUUUCAGAAACAAAAGAAAUUAGACCUAGAAGAGAAGGAUGAACUUUGCUUGAUCCACAAUCUCAGGUUUCCUGAUGCAUGGCUACUUACAUCGAAAACAGAGGUAAUGUUAUUAAAUCCAUAUAGAGUAGAAGAAGCCCUGCUAUUUAAGAGACUUCUUGAGAAUCAUAAAAUUCCUGCGGAGCCACUGGAAAAGCCAAUUAUAUUAACAGAGAGUCUUUUAAAUGGAUCUCAUUAUUUAGAGAUUUUAUGUAAAAUGACAACAGAUGACCAGAGAUUCAGUGAAUCAGCCUACCUGUCUGAUCCUCGUCUUACAGCAAAUGGUUUCAAGAUAAAAUUGAUACCAGGAGUUUCCAUUACUGAAAACUACUUGGAAAUAGAAGGAAUGGCUAACUGUCUCCCAUUCUAUGGAGUAAUGGAUUUAAAAGAAAUUCUUAAUGCUAUAUUAAACAAAAAUGCAAAAGAAGUUUUUGAAUGUAGACCUCGAAAAGUGAUAAGUUAUUUAGAGGGAGAAGCAGUGCGUCUAUCUAGACAAUUACCCAUGCACUUAUCAAAAGAGGACAUCCAAGACAUUAUUUACAGAAUGAAGCACCAAUUUGGAAAUGAAAUCAAAGGGUGUGUUCAUGGUCGCCCAUUUUUCCAUCAUUUAACCCAUCUUCCAGAAACUACAUGAUUAUGUUUAAGAAGAUUAGUUACUAUUGAAAUUGAAUUGGUCACAAAAAAAUGAGUCAAUUUUUAAACCAUCUUUGUAUUAUCAUGUGUCAAAUGGUCAUUUUAUAAAUGAGGAUUCACUGGCUUAUUUGUAUAUUAAAAUGUUUCAAAAAUUAUAGAAAACUUAAAUAAACUAAGAGACUAUUAAUUCAUUUUAUUCUCAAGAACCAGCCUUCAUGAUAAUUAUUAGUUGUAGACUCCAAAUGGGAAGAUAGGUAGUAUUCUUGAGUGGUAAAUUUACUAGGUCAGCCCUGCGCAGGGAGAAGUCAAAUGUCACGCAGACUAGCAUAUCAGACAAAUAUUGUCAAUUUUGUUUAAAGUAGGAUGCAGAGAUUGAGUGGGAGAAAGUGAUAACAUGAAGUCAAGAGAAGAAAAAACGUAACCUCACAAAUCCUGCCAUUUACCUUCAUAUUGGGGGUAACAGCUUAGAUGAUGUUGUUUCUUUCUUAUAUAGUAAUUAUUGGAGUUUGGGGACAAAUUUUGACAAAGAAUAUGGGGAAAACUAAACUUUUAACAAAAUUUAGGUGAAGAUUAGUGUACAUGUGCCCCUUAAAAAAACAGGUCCCACAGUGUACCAAAAAAUUUACAAAAGUUGAAACAUGAUUUUUUUUUUUUCUUUUGAAAUCAGGGCCUUUCUUACUAUGUUGCCCAGGCUGGUUUUGAACUCCUGGGCUCUUGAGAUCCUCUCCCCUCAGCCUCCUAAGUAGCUGGGAUUAAAGGCCCAUGCCACCAUACCCCACUGAAACAUGAUUUUUACUGAAUCUAUUUCUUGUGUAAAGUAAGAUAUGUUACUCUGGAUACAGUGUCUCCACACCAUCUCCAGUAAUUCUCGAAGAUCCUCUUUUAAUUGGUAAGAUCCUUGUGUUAAGAGGUACAAAUUGUGAUACCUGGAAUUCUACCUGUAUCCUGGCCUUUCCUGCCAAUGUCAUUCUGUUUCCCAGGAACCAAAAUGUUACUAAGCAAUGGGCUUGCUGUCUGAUGCACAUAGAAGCCAAUACUGUGGCACCAGGUUUUGGGAAAAGAUAAGCUGUAUAGAGUCAACCAGCAAGGAGAUAGGAGGCACUCUGUCUCCUGGAAACAGAGACAAACCCAGAUCUGUCUCCCUAGUCUGGGGUUUGGGGCAAGCUUUAUGGGCUAGGGAGGACAGGUUAUAUGGAAGAGUUGGCAGGGCAGCUUUUGAUUAGAAGAACUUCAAGACUUUAUGAUAAGGCAUGGGGAGGAGUCUUAUCACCAGACAUUCCUAGACAAUGGACCCAUCCCUUUUGAAAGUAUUCUGUUGCUUGGUUCCAGCCAUGUCCCAUCUUUUAGUUGGGGGAGUGGGCAAAACUUUAGUUCCAGGUGUUAUUAUUUGAGGUCGAAUUUUCCUGCACAUGCUCUGGCUGCAUAAUUUGCAACUUCUUAGCUCUGUGCCUUCUUAGCUCUGUGAUAACAGAACUGGACAUUCUGUUAUCAACAGUAUGGCCAGAUAAGGCUGGUCCUGGUCUGGCGGUUACAAAAAUAACUGCUCCUUACCUCUUGUUACCACUUUUAUAAAUGUGGGGACCCUCUCUGGGAAAUCUUUCUAAUUGGGUAAAUUAAGGAAAGAGCUUACAGAGAUACAGAGGGUGAUGAAAUUUGCAUCAUAUAUUUACAUCAGCCCUAAGCAAAAUUGGGGACUCAUUUAUUUGCCAGUAUAAUCUGUAUUGGCCUUACAGAGAAACGCAUUUUUUUUUCUUGCCAGCGCUGAAUUCUGCCAAAUCUGGUUGGUAGUAAAGGCAGCAGUUAUUUACCGCCUAUUUGCUAGAUAGGCUAAGCACUUACCUUGCAUGAUCUCAUUUAAUCGUCACCAAAAACUUAGAAUUGCAGGUCCUAUUGAGUCUAAUCCCAGAGCUGGUGUUCCUAACCCACCAUUAUACCACCUGCCCGGAGAAACAGGCCCUAAAGAGUUAUUUGGGUCAACAAAGUGUAGGUGGUGGGGUAGUAUAAAACACUUUGUGGCACUUUAACAAAUGGUUUUUCGAGUAAAGCAACGUUUUUCUAACAUCAGCGGAGGGGGUAAGUCGGUCCUCCACCCAACCUGUGCCUCUUCUAGGAAGCGCAGGUUGGGUCGAGGACCACGCGUCGCCCCGCAGGCUGCCCUGGCGCAGGAGGCUGACGCUAAAGCCACGCGCGACGCACACGCCGCCCUCCCGGACCCGCCCAGCCCUUUUCGGCAGCCCCAGCACCACCGGGACAAAACCGGCCGGAGCAGGCCGUGGCGACAGAGAAGGAGAUCAUAGAAAUGAAUGACACGUUAAGAAGAAACAGGAGAAAUUGUGAAUGGAAUGAAUAUAUUUUUGGAAGAAAUGGAAGAAGAAACAGAAACUAUAAGCGAAGAUGGUAGUUCAAAAGAAGUACAUGCCAAAGAAGUCAACACUGAUAUGAUAAGAAAAUUCAAGCUUAGAAACAUAUAGUAAAUUGACCAAGAUCUUACAGGUGAAGGGUCUUUCCUUAAUGUGGAUGGCUGGUGACCGAUCAGGAUGGUGGUAGCUGAGGGUUGGUGUGGCUGUGGCAAUAUCUUAAAAUAAAACAGCAAUGAAGUGUA